ACGCGUCGAACAUAUUUUUUAAAUUAAAAAUAAAACUUAUUUCUAAAAUAUAUAGACUAGUUAAAAAGUAAAUCUAAAAAUUAUUUAUCUAUAUUUAAUUUUGUUAUUAAAUUAGGUCACACCUUUAUGUGUUACGGAACACUUCUAACGUGUCAAAUGUCAAUGUCGCGUGGACAUUGACAAUCGCGAAGUCCACAGACUUUGGCAAUGACGUUUGAAAAUGAACGAGCACUUUUUGAACGGUCUUGGAAAGAGCUACCGUGUUCUAAGAAAUAAUAAUCUUUACCUAUUUUAUUCCUGUUUUCACAAUUCCGAAUUUUUCAUAAUUCCGAAUUUAAUUGUGUUCUUUAGAAGUUCCCAUACUGGGAACUUCCUUGAGACUUGGAUCGACGUGGGGAUCCCCUUUGGAAUCAAAAAGCCCUGCAGGCGCUAACCACGCGGAUUGAAGAAGCAAGGAGAGUGUGGUACCGAAAUAGCAGCGGACCUUAAGCCGGCCACACACACCCCGACCCUCUUAUCAAUUCUUUUUUUUUAAUAAACUUUUCUUUUAAAAUUAUGCCGUAUUUUUAUUUGUUUUACAAAUAAAAAUAACGUGACUUAUGGCGCCCAACUCGUGUUUUUCCCUCGAGGUCUAAGGUCGGCUGCAUACUUCUCUUGCUUUCUGGUGAUGGUGUAUGUCUUAGUUUAGUUUUAAUUACAUAUAUUAUAUCUUUUAUUAUACUUGUUUAGUCAAUUAUAAUUUUAUUAUGAAUGUGUAAUAAGUACCUACGUACCUACUAAUAAUAAUAUUUUUUUUUCUAUUAUUACAAUUAUAGUGGUUAAGAACAUAUUAAAAAAAGUCUACUAUUAGUAAAAAAAAAAAAAAAAAUUGUAGGGUACUUGUUAUACAUAGUUUAAGCUUUGUGUUUUUUUGUUGCAAUUUUUUUUUCUUUUCUCGUUUUCUUUUGUUGCUCUUACCGAUAUUUUGUUUCUGUUUACUAAAUUAUUAGUUGAAUUUGCACAACAUACCUAGAAAUGUCUUAUCCAAUUAAAUUCCUUUUACUCCAAAAAUCUGAAUUAAUAUACGAAGUAAUUAUCAGAGGUGAGUCACCCGCUGAUAAUGUGUCAGAGCUUCGCCGGCAAGUUACUAAGCUAACACAAAAAUACCCUUCAGAAGAAAUUCUGGAAUCUUGUCUUGAUUUUGCCGAAGAUCAUGCGGGUAUAACUGAAACGUUGACAAAAAUUAAAUGUAAUAUCGAUACGUUAAAAACUGAUUUACAAAAGCCACUCAUUGAUAGAACCGCAAACUUACUCAACCAUAUUUAUCAUAGAUUGCAGAGAGUAGUUACUUCUAAGAAGAGUGACAAUACUGCUGCUCUUGCGGAUUCUAGAGAUUUUUAUGAAACAUUAUGCGUACAGUUACAAAAAAUAGUAAAAACAGAAGCACGUUCUCGCGCGGAAUCUACCUCGAAUCCUGAUUAUGAACAAACUUCCCUAGAUAAUUUAACUAAGCUUUCUAUUACUUGUGAACGCAGUUUAUCCCCAGAUUUGGCAAAGAUCAAAUUUGAUGGUAAAUCAUGUGUUCGUUCAUUUAUUGAGCGUGUGGAGGAGUUCCGUGUAUCUAAAGAUGUUACCGACAAGAAGAUGCUUUCUUAUGCAUGUGAUCUAUUUAUAGGAGACGCUCUCCACUGGUAUCGAAGCAUUAAAAGAGAUGUUGAUACAUGGAAAGAUCUCUUAACGACACUCAAAGAAGACUUUGAUCUCGUCGAUUACGAUUAUAGGAUGUUAUCAGAAAUUCGCAGUAGGACACAAGGUGCUACAGAAAAUAUAAUAACUUACUUUGCUAUUAUGAAAGGCAUGUUUUCGCGUCUUAAUAAAGAUUUACCUGAAGAAGAGAAACUGGAAAUUCUAAUUCAUAAUAUUAGGCCUUGUUACGCAAGUGUAUUGUUCACAUGCUCAGAUAUUAAAAGCAUUGAUGAGCUACGUUCAAUUUGUCGCAAUUACGAACGUAUUAAAAUACGUUGUGAUAACUUUAAAGAACCUCCUACCUCCAACUCAAACUCUGUAGCACCCGAAUUCGCUUAUCGCCAUGUAAAGGAAUCUAAUAAAAUUCAAUAUACUCAAAGAUAUUACAAUACUUCAAAUUUUAAACCAAAUAGCUACAAUAGUAAUACCUCUAAUUUACCAAAUAAAGAACUUAUAAAUAAAACUUAUGCAAUUAAUGAGACGCUUACUAAAAGUUCAACUAAGUAUUGUCACCGAUGUCGUGAUAAUACUCAUACUAUGAGUGAAUGUCAGGCUGAACGCACUAUAUUUUGCUUUAAGUGUGGGCUAAAAGACUAUCGUACUCCUGAUUGUCCAAAAUGUACUCCUAAAGAAACCGAAACAAAAAACUAAUUAUUGAAAAUUGUAGCAUAGCCAAAAGUAGUCCAAAGUUUGACCGCUCAGAUUGGACUAGUUGGCUUAUAACAAUAAAAAAUUUUUUUACAUCUUACAAUAUCGCUUCAAUUUUCAAUAAAGUCCCG